AUGGGGAAACCAGCUGGGAAAAGGAAGGAUCAUGAAUCACCAAAAGUAAACAACAAUCACAAUAACAAGAAGGGUUACGAGCGUUCAUCAUCCUCAAAAGCAUUAGAUGAUGACACAGCUAUGUUCAUCAACAUGUCACAGGAGCUAAGAGAAGAAGGUAACAAACUUUUUUACCAGAGAAAAGACAAUGAAGGCGCUAUGUUAAAGUACGAAAAAGCCCUCAAACUCCUUCCCAAAAAUCACAUAGAUGUUGCUCAUCUUCAUACAAAUAUGGCUAUGUGUUAUAUGCAAUUGGGUCUUGGUGAGUAUCCUCGAGCAAUCAAUGAGUGCAACCUUGCUUUGCAGGUUUCGCCUCGGUAUAGCAAAGCUCUUUUGAGGAGAGCUAAGUGUUAUGAAGCUUUGAAUCGGUUGGAUUUGGCUAUGAGAGAUGUUAGAGUUGUUUUGAAUGCUGAGCCGAAUAAUCUUUCGGCGUUAGAGGUCCUUGAUAGCUUGAGAAAUACUAUGGAUGAGAAAGGGAUUACUAUUGAUGAGACCGAGAUUGCCCUGGCUGCUAUACAGCAGCAAGAGUCUCCUGCUGCUCGGUUUAGGAAAGUUGUUAAUGAGAAGAUUAAGAAAAAAAAGGGACACAAAGGGGAAGGUGAGGAAGAGCGUAAAAGUAAGGUUGUUGUGGAGAAGAAAGCCAAUGUUGUGAAUGUUAAGGUGAAGGGUAAAGAUCCUAAGGAUAAGGUUAUGAAGGAUAAGGAUAGUAGAGAAGUUGUUAAGAAAGAUAAAGAGGUUACUAGGACUGUGAAGUUGAUAUAUGGAGAGGAUAUAAGGUGGGCGCAAUUGCCUGUGAAUUGUAGUAUGAAGUUGGUGAGGGAUGUGAUAAGGGAUAGAUUUCCAGGGUUAAAGGGUGUUCUUGUUAAGUAUAAGGAUAGGGAAGGUGAUUUGGUUACUAUUACUACUACUGCUGAAUUAAGGUUAGCUGAGGAUUGUCAUGUGCUUGGCUCGAUUCGGCUAUACAUUACACAGGUGGAUUUUGAUCAGGAGCCGCGUUAUGAUGAAAAGACGAGUAGUGGUGAGGUGAGAGUGGGGAAUGGGGUUGGAGAAGGUGACAGGGGUGUCAGGGCAAAUAGAAUGAUUACUGUGGAGGAUUGGCUUGUUCAGUUUGCAAGGCUGUUUAAGAACCAUGUUGGGUUUGAUUCGGAUUCAUAUUUGGAUAUUCAUGAGGUUGGGAUGAAGCUGUAUUCAGAGGCGAUGGAGGAUGCUGUGACAAAUGACAGUGCUCAAGAGCUGUUUGAUAUUGCUGCGGAUAAGUUUCAAGAGAUGGCUGCUUUGGCUUUGUUUAAUUGGGGAAAUGUUCACUUGUCUAAAGCGAGGAGGCGGGUGCCUUUUCAGGAGGAUGGGUUGAGAGAAGCAUCUUUCGAGCAUGUUAAAGCUGCAUAUGAGUGGGCUAAGAAGGAGUACAAGGAAGCGGAAAUGAGAUACGAAGAGUCUGUGAAAAUCAAACCGGACUUUUACGAUGGACUACUUGCUCUUGGGUAUCAGCAGUUUGAGCAAGCAAAGCUAUGCUGGUGUUAUUUAAUUGCAAACAAUGAGAAAUUUGAAGUUGACCCUUUUGAGGAGGUUCUACAGCUCUACAACAAGGCAGAGGACAGUAUGGAGAAAGGGAUGUUGAUGUGGGAGGAGAUUGAGGAACAACGUUUGAAUGGACUAUCUAAAUUAGAUAAGUAUAAUGCACAGUUAGAGAAAAUGGGGUUGUUUGGUCUUUUCAGCGAUGUUUCUUCUAAUGAAGCUGAUGAGCACGCAUCAAAGAUGAGGAUACAGAUAUAUCUUUUAUGGGGCACCUUAUUGUACGAGCGUUCCGUUGUGGAAUUUAAGCUCGGACUACCAACAUGGGAGGAAUGUUUGGAGGUUGCAGUUGAAAAGUUUGAACUAGCUGGAGCUUCUACAACUAACAUUGGUGUCAUGAUAAAGAACCAUUGUUCUAAUGAAACAGCCAUGGAAGGGUUUAAAAUUGACGACAUAGUGCAAGCAUGGAAUGAGAUGUAUGAUGGGUGGCAGUUUGAUGUUCCAACUUUCCGUCUUGAACCAUUGUUUCGUCGGCGUGUUCCAAGACUCCAAUACAUCCUGGAGCAAUUUUAA